UCGCAGAUACAAAUAAUAUACAUAUAAUUACCUACUAUACAACGAACUUACCUACUUCGUCAACCUUUCAAAAACGAAGGUAUAAAGAAAGUAUAAACAAAGACGAUUUUCAAGACGAAACUUUUGCACGCAAACUUUUCUAUUGGAUUGGAUUACUGGUGUUAUUCAUCGGGAGUAUAGAAUACUAGAUCUUAUACUAUAAAGAACGUUGACGAGAGCCCGAAAUGGCCGGCUUUUGCUUUGUUUUGAACGUGUUAGUGGCGGUACUGACGGUACAUUUGUUGAUCGUGGGAACCCCAGUUUAUGCGGAGGAUGUUCCAUGCCCCGAUAGAUGCAACCUCAGACAAGGUUAUUGUACUCCAUUAGGUCAAUGCAGAUGUUUUGCUGGAUGGGAAGGCAAAAAUUGCAAUCAAUGCACAAAAGCACCAGGAUGCGUUCAUGGAACUUGCCACCAGUCAUGGCAAUGCACCUGCGAUGCGGGAUGGGGAGGACCAAAAUGCGAUCGAGAUCUCAAAAUAUGCGAACGCACUCAACCUUGUAAGAACCAAGCAACAUGCAUCAACAAUGGUAAUGGCGAAUAUUUGUGCGUUUGCCAGAAAGGAUUCUCUGGAGUUAAUUGCGAAAUCUACAAACCAGAAGGCAUGCCAGCAAUCAAACCAACCACAACUAAACCGACGACAACGACCCGGGCUACCACCUCAACUCCCAAAAAAUGCACAAACGGAGGUCGGUGCAGAAUAACGGCUAUGAACGGAGGAUGCGAAAGGUGCAUAUGUCAACCUGGUUACGUCGGAAAAUAUUGUGAAAUAAAUGUGAAUGAAUGCUUACUGCGGCCUUGUGCAAACGGUGGAAAAUGCUUCGAUCUUUCCAACGACUUCUACUGUCAAUGUCAACGUGGAUUCACUGGUCGUUACUGCGAUGUAGACGUAAACGAGUGCGAGGUUUCUUCCGAUAUUUGCUUCAAUGGGGGACAAUGUAAAAAUUCAUACGGAUCGUACGAAUGCAUCUGUCCGAAAGGCUUCUCUGGAAGGCGAUGCGGUGAAUCUGAUUUACUUGAAGUUCCUGGCCUUCGACCGGUUUCGCCCAGAAUUGUGUCUGUGACGGCCACUGUUACCGAAACUUCCGAAUCUACAACAGAAAAAAUGACAGAAAGUACGGUGAAAUCUCCGAAAAUUAUUAAAAAUCCAGAAAAUGAAAUAAAGAUGACACGCAUCACACAUGAAUUGAAAAUUAGCUCGGUUAACGGUGAAUAUUCCGCCUCAAACAACGAACUCCUCAUCCGCCAAGAAGUGGAACGGGACUCUGCUGCUACUGAUUCAUCUGCAAAAGCAAUGCAAGCCAUGACUUUUGUAUUCAUGGGUUUGGCUAUCGUGAUAUUAGCGGCUAUAUUGGCUUUAGUGUGGAUGAGGUGCUUCAGAACACAAGCAGGAGCAGGCCACGAAAAGGUGACACGCACUAGACCAGUUGAUUGUGAAACUCCAACCAACCCUUCCGUCAUCUCAUCUAUUGAUGAAAACGUACAAAAUAGUAGAUACGAAACAGUAACAGCUCGAACCACAACCGACGUGGUAUUGGAAACAUCAAACGAUGAAAUGGAAUUUCAAAUUCAACCUUCUUAUACAUCCGAUCCAGCUGAAACUCGGUAUGAUGCUCGUCAGUCAUUACCAGAUUGUCCUUCACCACCACCACCGUAUGCUAUUAGCGCCGUUGAGAUGCGUCGUUCAACAACAAGACCUCAAUCAGGAUAUUAUGUAGCACUCCCACCAACACCACAGCAAUCUUGUCAGAACAUAUCUGAAAUAGGAUGUCGAAAAUCUCUUAACACGUCAUAUCUUAUGACGUCAAAUGAUCCCGCUGAAACCUCAUCAUUACUGGAAGCAGACUCUCCAACAUUAUCGCACAAAAUUGUCGUGUGAUACAAUCGAUUCGGAGCAGAAAAAAUUCACAAUAUAGUGAUGUAAUAAUAUCCAGUUCCGCCAAACGGUCAGCGCGACAAAGAGUGCACUGUUUUACUACAUUUAUAUUAUUUAAUUUUUACCACUGUUUUAUUUGCAUUUUAUUUUCUCGGUCGUUUUUCAUGACAUUUUUAAUCUUGAAUCUUCAUUAUUAGCUGUAUUAUCUAAAACACUUUAACAAUAAAGAACGUGAUUACGCUAUAUGAUCAGAAUCAUUCGUCACUCUGAUUACGCCAUCCAAGAAUGACAUUUUUGUCAUACGUUACACUAUAAUAACACACUGCCCAAUAUUUACAUAUAAUUCUUUAAUUUUCGAUGUUUAGAGUGAUUUAGGCCUGAUAUUUAAUCAAUGCUGCUUUAGUCUUUUUUAUAAUAACCUUGUGUCGCUGUUAAAAUUAAAUUAAUCUUUUUCAAUCGGUUAAAUUAACUUUCGUAACUUUUUAUGUAGUUAGACUUUCAUCCGACUAAUGUGUCAUUUGCCUUUGUCAUUCGAGACAUAUAUGAUCCAUCUGGUGUGGGUCAGGCAGAUGAAUGAUGAAUGCGAUUUUUAAGCUUAUUCUUGUGUGGUACUAUAAUCAGAACUUGUAAUUCGGAUAAUUUUCGAUUUUAAUGUCAUUUGCGACAGUUUUAUUAUAAUGUUUUUUCUUGAUAUCAUACUAUUUAUCACUGUGCAUAUAUUUCAUUUCUUUCGUUUUAAUUUUAUUUGAAAUAAAACAAGGUAAUAUUAAUUCGAUUGAAUGAUAUAUGAUAGGUUCAGAU